AUGUCCAAAAUUGUCACUUACACGUUGGUACUCUUCUGCGGGAUAUACAACUGUGAGCAGAACUACAGACAGACGGAGAGAAUUAUACUAUUGAUUGAUCACAUUCUUAUCAACAAGAAAAUUACAAAGGAGAUACACGAAUCUCUCAUGGAGUUCAAGAAUAUAAUAAUCUCAAGACCUAUCAACUACCACGCAAUGAAUUUCUAUCGAAUCGACUACGCCACUUUAGUUUCGAUGUCAUCAGUUAUUGUUACGUACACAAUAAUUCUCUUGCAAAAUAUGCAAUAA